GGGGGAGGGCAGGGCAGCUUCUCCCCCCUCCCCCCACCUCUCGGUCUCGCCUCAGCCAUGGAGGACCCGCUCCUGUCGGCGGCGCCCAUCAACCCCAACAACUUCCCCGCCAAGCUGUGGCGCCUGGUCAACAGCCCGCGCUUCCGCUCCAUCCGCUGGGACGCCCGCGGGGAAGGGCUCCUCAUCGACCAGCCCCUCUUCGAGGCGGAGCUGCUGGGCGCGGGCGGAGGAGGAGCCGGAGGGAUGAUGGCGGCGGCGGCGGGGGGCGGCCCGGGGAGCGACGGCGCCUCGGCGCCCUCCCCGCUGCCGGCGUCGCCCGCCUCGCCGGAGCUCUUCAAGACCACCAACUUCACCAGCUUCAUCCGGCAGCUCAACCUCUACGGCUUCCGCAAGGUGGUGCUGGGCCCACCGGGGGGAGGCGGCGGCGGUUCGUCGCUCUCGCCCUCCGCGCCAUCCUCGCCCGGCGGGCCGCUGCACCACUUCCACAGCCCCCACUUCUGUCGCGACCGGCCCGACCUGCUGGUCCACCUCAAGCGCCUCACCAGCGCCAACAAGGCCAAGCUGGCGGCCGGCUUGGAAGUCACCAGCCGGCCGCCCAACCGCUUCCAGCGCCUGCUCAGCACCUCCCUUCACGCCGGCGGAGGCGGCGCCACCACCGAGGCCCUGCUGGCCCACCAGCACCACCCUCAGGCGGCCUCGCAGGGACAGCCGGCCGCCGCCUCCGUCUCCAAACCCAGCGACAGCAAGCCUGCAUCGCUGACUUUAGGGCAGUUUCACCGGUCUUUUCGGCGAGACAGCUUAUCUCCGUACUCCUACCUGUCACAGUCGCACAACCAAAAUACUUUUCCAUUGAAAGGUUCAGAUCGGACUCCUCUUCCUCCCAGAACAUGGCCGAACGCCCUUGGGAUGAUCCCAGGGCAGGUGGAGGCAUCUACAUUUUCAGACAAAGGGGUUCCAUUUCCUGUGCUCCAGAGGUUUCCAACAGAGGUAACUUACACUCUGCAGCCUAGUGCUACAUCUGUGCACAUACAGCAAGGGCCCCAGACGAUGGCUACAUCUUCUCAGAAAUACAGCAGCUAUGCGGCUUCAGCACCCUACUCCCAAGCCUACUACCCGACAGCUGUUUUACAGUGCUGUUCUCCGUCUACCCAUAUGGAUCCCUUAAGUGGUUGUGCCAGCCCUACAGCAUCAACCUAUACGCAUUGCAGCUAUUUCCAGAACCCACCAAUGCAGUCUCCGUACCCAGUUGAAUUUUUGCCUUCCAAUUGGCCCUGCAACCCUUCUGAUGAAACUAAGAAGACAGAAGUCAACUUGGAGGCCGUCUUCCAGAUUGUGGAUGAGAUGCAUUCAUCUCCCAAACUGGAAAUGGUAAAGGUGGAACCUGUGGAAAACCAGGGCCCAACACAGCCCAACCGAGGCCAGCAGUUGCUCAUCAGUCCAGGGAACAGUGAGGCACCUUCCAGUCAAGCCAGCCAUCUUGAACCUCUGACUCCUGUUGGCUCUGAUAUUACAUCGUUUGUGGUGGAAUCUGAUCAAGCAAUAGCCUGUUCUCUACCACAGUCUCCAGAGUUUAUUUACACGAUCCACACCACUGAACCUGUAGAGAAUGCUUCUGCACAGAUGACGCCACAACCUGCAGCCACACAACAGACACAAGUGAAACUGAAGGAACAGCUGAACCAAACUUCAGUGCAGUCAUCUGUGGUGUUUGUACAGGAGGAACUUCCGUUCAGUCAGCAGCAGGACAAUCCCAGCAUCAAGUGUCAUACAAGCCCAUCAGAGACAGUUGUGUCUUCAGAGCAGAUAGGAUUCCUCAUUUCGGAGGUGGGUCCCCUCAGCAAAUCUGUCAAAGAUUCAGUUUCCUCUGUCCAAACCAAAUGCCGAGAAAGAAGGAGCAGCUCACAGAAGGGCAAGUCUCCUGAUCUACACCUGCUAGUGGAUGUGGCUUGCAAACAGGAGCACUUUCCAAAGGAAGAAGAAUUAAGGGAGUGAGAACUUGGUGACCAGUCUGUGGAAACAGCGAACAGGGCCUUUCCUGCUAGGAGCACUUUGGGAACUUUGCAGUUUGUGUUAACCAAAUGCUGUUCACCUCUGCUCAUUUUUGUUCCUCUGGUAAUCAGUCCCACCCGUUGUUUUCACUGCUCCUGUUUAAUAGGUUUAUAUUCUUUUUCUGGUCAAAGAAUAAUAAUUAAUUUGCUCAAAUGAUUUAAAAGUGGGAAACCUGGCAAAUAAGAAAUCCUAAUGUUCUUAGAUAUAAGUCCCAAAUACAGGAUGUUUCUUCCUUGGCGCUGCAAGCCACAGCCAGCAGUGGGGACUGUUCACAAUUCAUUUGGAGACCAUUUGAAGAAGAAUUUUUGCAAAAACAAAUGUAUUUAGAGGGAACAAAAUCUCUGAUCUCAAUGGGUCAUCCAUUCUGGGAAAGACUCCCUAGGAAAGAUGAGCUCAUUUUCUAGAGGCUUGCACAGAAAUUUUCCUUCUUGCAUGGAUUCUUUUUUCAGUGGUAAAUAUUGUCCCAUCUAAGAAAACAACUGCUGGCUGUUUUACGUUCAUGGAGCACUCUUGUGUUUGAAUAAUUUCCAUACUCUAGAGAUGCUUUAUAACAAAUUGUUAAGGCAUCUGUUGUUGACUAUCUUAGCUUAAAUGUGUUUUCAUGGGCUCUUUUAACUUGUUUGUUAUAAUUGUAUUUAUUUAUAAUAGAUUUUAAAGAGUGAUGGUUU